AUGGCGACGACGGCGACGAUGGCGACGCGCGUCGCCUCCGCGCGGUGCCACCGCGCGUUCGCGCGCCGCGUCCUCGCGUCGCACGUCCCGCGACGCGUCCGCGUGUUUCGAGCGCGUCGCGACGACGACGACGACGACGACGCCGACGACGCGUCCGACGAGAAGACGCGAACGUCCGUCGACACCGAGCUCUCGAACCGAUGGAUCGACUUAGACCCGGCGGGGUACUUCCUCGUGAAGGUGGACCACGCGACGCGAACGAUCGAGGCGGCGCACUUCGAGAACGCGAUCGACGACGCCGGCAGGGCGUGCGACCCGGUCACGGGCGAGGUCAUCCCGUGCGACGGGUCCUACCGGAAGCCGGCGGCGUCGGCGACGUUCGCGGGGCGCACCGCGAAGGAGAUCAGCGUGAAGAUAUUAGAGACGGAGGAGGGCGAAGGGCUGUGCACGAUGCUCGUGCACGCGAACUACCUGGGGAGGGAGUUCCAGCGCGCGGAGGCGUGCCUGAGGGAAGGGACGGAGUACGUGCAAGACUGA